AUGGUUAGUACCAAAAGGUUCGUUAAGACGGCACAUGACGAUCUAGGCCACUUUGGAGUAGAGAAGACCUUGAAGAAAGCUAUUGGUUUCCACGAAUGCGCCCUUAUGUCGAAAAAUGAUUAUGAUGAAGCGAAGUCUUACGAAAAAACCUUGAGUGGAGAGGACUCUUCGGACACAUUGGAUAAACAAACAAAAAUUGGAUCCCGUAAAAGGAAAAAUGUAAGAAAUUCAGAUUUCGUAUCCGGGGAUUCAUCAUCAUUAUCUGGAGAAGAAAGUUGUACUCUACCACCUUUGCCCAAAAAUCCAAAAUUGAGCGAUCCUAAGAGAGAUGAUUCAACUACAUCUCUGGUGACAUCAGAACAAAUGAUAAGAGACAUAGGUGGAGAAAAAGAAGAUAGUUUCAAUACCUCAAGUACAAUAUCUAUUACGGAGGAAAUUUUGGCAGAUGUGGACAGAAUUAUAAUGCCUCCUCCAUCCACCGCAGGAACAUUGAGACCAAUCCAAGAUGUCCAAUUGGAGAAUUAUAACCAACAAGAAGUGGAAAAAAGGGUAGCUAUCGAAGAAAAAUACCAGGAGUUGGCCGUAAAAUAUGAGCAGCUAGAAAAAUCUCAGAGAAAAAAUAAUAUCGUCAUAUUUGGCCUCGAUUUUUCCGAGGAUAAAAAUACUGUUGACACAAGUUUCGAUAAAAAAAGGAAAUUACUCAAUUUCACUAUUGAGAAAUUGAAUCAAUCAUUAGGAAUAAACCUCUCAGCUUCUGAUAUAAAUGAUAUCUUCACAAUUGGAAAACAAGAUAAAGAUCGUCCAAUUAUCUUGAAAUUCUGCUCAUUCUAUAAGAAACAGGAAGUAUUGAGUAAUUGCAAGAAACUCAAGGGUACCAAUAUUCGUAUUUCUAUAGAACUGAAUUAUCAAGAAAGGCUGAAGAAUAGAGAAUGGACCAAUCUACUGAUUAAGGCGAGGACUAAGUACACAAAAGUAUAUAUUAGAAGAGGAAAAUUUUUUGUGGAUGAAGAAGAAUAUUCGUUUGAGGACCUCAAACAACUUUUGGGAGUGGAAUCAGAAGAACAUGUUGAGGCCACAGGGAGUACAGUAAAUACAAGAGGGACUGAAAAUGGUGAUUUAGAGGAAAUAGAACUCGAACAAGAUGAAACCAACUUGGAGAAGACUAUAGUUGGAGUAGAUGAGUAUCAUAAAUCGGACGAUUCUUUUGAAACGAUUGAGGAUAGUACGGAAGACAACAAGAAAAGAAAGACUUCAACGAAAAAAAAAAGUUCAUCAAGGAUUGCAAGCAAAAAACCAAAAAACAUUCACAAUUGA